GAAGGGCAGACUAAAGGUGGGCAUAUUCUAUUUGUGAGCUUAGUGUAUUGUCCGUGGGGUUGAACUGUGAUUUCAAGUAAAUAGGCUCACAAUCUUUUCAAUAACGAAGCCUUUUAAUAUUCAUAAUGAGUAUCUUAGCACACAAUGGGUCUGCUGUCAUUGCAAUGUCUGGCAAAGAUUGCGCAGCUAUCGCUUGUGAUCUUAGGUUUGGAGUUAAUUUGCAGACAAUUUCCACUGACUUCACCAAAGUUUAUCCUCUCGGACCUCGGUUGUACGUAGGGUUUCCUGGAUUGGCAACUGAUAAUCAGACAGUGUUUCAGCGUUUGCUUUUCCGAAAAAACAUGUACGAGCUACGUGAGAAUAGGACAAUCAAACCUCAAACUAUAACUACCAUGUUAUCCAACUUGCUUUACGAGCGCAGGUUUGGACCAUACUUUGUCGAGCCAGUAGUUGCUGGUAUUGACCAUACUACGAACAAACCAUACGUUGCAUGCAUGGACCUAAUCGGCUGUGUGUGUGAGGCCAACGAUUUUGUUGUUAGCGGCACGUGUACAGAACAAAUGUAUGGGAUGUGUGAAACACUUUGGGAGGAUAAUAUGAAUUCGAAAGAGUUAUUUGAGUGUAUUUCACAGUGCAUCCUGAAUGCCCUCAAUCGCGACGCUGUAUCUGGUUGGGGUGCCCGAGUUUAUUUAAUGUAAGUCAUAUUACUUUUUUUUAAAUGAUACUAAACUUAUUACUAAGAAGUACUAUCCUGGUGAGCUUGAGCAGCUUACCAAUCAAAGAGUAGUAUUUCGUAACGCGGCGAUUCAUGGUAAAAAGUAAUAAAUUUUAACAGAUAAACAUUUUCGACAUGACUAGUGAACAUUUACAUGAGGAAUUUUUUACUUUACUACGACAAACGAAACGGCUGAGCAUAAGUAUCUGGAUUAAAGUAAACGGGUAAAAGCUGGGGUUUGGAGUACGGUUUGAGAAAAUCAGAGUUAAGAGUUAUUGUUUAGAAUUACGGUUAGAGUGGAAGAUACUUUUUAGCCAUACAAAACAAUUUUAACUAUGCCUUAAAUCACGUGAAGUACGCUCAAUAAACACUUAACGUUUUAAGUAAAAUCUGGAUCAAGUAUGUUUUUGUGAUUCUGCCUACAUGCCUCUUAUUCACUUUACGGUAACACGGUAGACAAGUUUGCCAAUUUUAAGAACUAAACAUAGACAAUUUCUAUUUGGUUUGUAAUAGGGUCAAAGCUAUCAGCUAUUGUGUUUUAAAUUUUUCCUACGAACAUAACAGUUAUUAGUCAGUCAGUAAAUCAUAUUUUUACUAACUUAAUAUUUCUUGUUGUUAGAAAAGCUCCCAAAAAAUGUUUUGAUGUCUUAGGUAAUCUCAGUCGGCCAGUCAUCUACAACAUAAAACCCGGGACAUAUAUGCGUCGGUCCAAUUGGCCAUACAUCAUUAGCCCAACACCAAAUUCAUAGAAGUAGUUACUUUGAUGGUGGUAAUAAAUAAAAGAAAGAUUCUGUACAAGGAUAUAAUACAUAAAGAAAUUUCAAUCUCACGGUUUAAAGGAAGACGAGAAGUGUACACCUACUCACCGUGAUUGAUUCUGAGCCAUAUCACCCAGAGUCUCCAACCACUAGUUUCGAUAGUGGUGUGAACCCCAACCAAGUAAUCUGCAUCUAAUAACAUGCUUCAGAUCAGAGGUUAGCGAAUUUAUGGAAUAAUGCCACGUUUUGUCUUGGCUGCCCCUAACUUCCAUACAUUUCCAACACUAGUCAGCUUUGCGUGAUGUCGUAUUCGGUGGUCAGGCAUGCGUAAUACGUGGCCCAACCAUCUUAACCCAUGAGGAUUCACAACCUCAUCAACUGGUUUACCAUCAUUCCACAAUACCCUGUGUCUAACCUCACUUUUACUUACCCAGUGAUCUCAGCAAAUGCGAAUAAUAUUUUUGAAACAUAUGUGAUCGAACAUUAGUAACUUACUAGUACCUUUUACUCUUAAUGGGCACGUUUCAAAGCCGUAAAGUAGAACAGAACGGACUGCUGCACAGUAUACUCGUUCUUUAAUAGACAGAUAUAUUCGCCUUCGCCAUAAGUGACGUAAGUUGGGAAAGGUCAAACGAGCCUUUUGAAUCCGUACAGAAAUUUCGUCAGACACCAAUCCAGUAGGGCUGAUCAGACUUUCAAGAUAAGUGAAGUUGUCAGCGCGUUCGACUACUUCACUCCCUAUCCUUAGUUCAGGUGUUGACGCAGACCAGUCCUGAAGCAACAACUUGUAUUUAAAGAGAGGGGGAACCGCAUCCCAAACAUCCAGGCAUUGUUGCCCAAUGCUAUCAAAAGACUGCUUUUAAUCAGCGUCUUCACCAAACAGGAAUAUAGUAUCUGCGUAUCCUAAGUAGAUAAGUGGAUCUCCUAAUAGAAGAUCAAUUCCUGAAAAUUCAGACGACGAGAGCGUUAUUUCCAGCAGUAGGUCUAUGAUGAAAUUAAACAAAUUUGUAGCGGCAGUCUUGUCGGACACCACUCAAGGUUGCGAAAUCAGAUGACAGUUCGCCAUAAGCUCUGACUCCACUAGUAGUGUUAGAGUAAAAAGCCUUUACAAGGUUUAUGUACUUCUGAGGUACGCCUUUCAAUGACAAACACUGCUACAAAACCUCUCGGUCUAUCAAGUCCAAUGCUGUGAAGAAAGACCACCAUUGUCGGACACCGAUAAACAUAUAUAUGUUCUGGGAUCUGACAAAUGGUGAAUGUGUGGUCGAUACAGCCACGACUAAGUCUGAAGCCAGCCUGAUAAUCUACCUGAAAUCGACCGCAUGGUUUCGUUAAUGCACUAUUCUCAUAUCAAGUUUGUCUGCAACUGGUGUUAUAAAUUGUAUGCAAGUAUUUUCAGUAUACAGAACAUUUCUCUUCGUUUUAAGCACGGUCUCAUUGAACAUAUAUUUAACAUACUGCUGACAAAAAGUUUUGAAGCCCAAUAGUUGUCUCUAAUACUCUGGGUUUGAAAUCUUAACUAGGUACUUGUUAUGUAACUAGCCAUGUCCUCGAAAUUUUGAUAUCUAAAACAUAAAAGUAAUAUUUAGUUGUCACUAAAUGCUAAUCAGAUAUUGAAAAGCUGUAGAUUGGUCAUCAAUGUUGUGGGCGCUAAGACAAUUUCUAAAAUGGUGUCGAUUGCAAAUCAGAUUUGUACAAAAGUUUAUUGGUGUUAAAAAUGUUUUCCCAAAUAAAAAUCUAAAACGAGUUAUUAGUGAAUAUCUAGGAAGAUAAAAUAAACCACAGCCAGAAAAUUGUACAAAUUUCCACAAAACAGUAGUUAUCAUGAAUAACUGUAUGGUUUAAUUCAGUUAACGAUACACUUUCCCCAUCAUUUUUGCAACCAACUUUUCGGAGUGAGGAAACUAUGCAUAAGCAGGUUUAUAGGCAAAAAAUGAAUUGAGUAUUGCCCAAGUCAUGUGUACAUAUGCAUGGUACUGGAGUGAUUUAAACAAAUAUGUAGACAGUGACCUUGAUCACUGGCAGUAAGGCUAACCAUUUCCGUGCUUUUCUACUUACCAUGUGUUUGCGAUCGGAUUCAGUCUGUUUGAACUAAGGAAACCCAUCAAACCAUAUUAAUACUGGCUAAUAAAUGGAUUUUAUUCAACUAGAUUAUAAAUCUGCAGGUGAACUAACACGAUAUACAUAUAUAACUACAUGUAGGGUACUGUUGCUAAAUGAUCACAAGAAUGUUAGUGUUAGUUUUGUGUGAGAUUACGGGUUCAAGCUUAGGAUCUUUGAGAUUCUAUGCUGAAAGAAUUGAUUUAAGUAAUAAAAAGUUUAACCCUUAAUCCACUGGUUAAGACGUCACUUUCAUAAGAACCUAUAUUACGUUAAUGUUGUAGGGGCCAAUAGGUAAGUUAAUUUAAUGUGAGAAAAAUGUAAACCAAAAAAAGUAUUUGAUAGGGAACAAGAUUUCGGGAAGUGGUAAUUUUUGGCAGAUAACUGUCUCAUGUAUAAAAUUUUCAACGCCUAAUAAGUAGGAAGUAUAUUGUAUUCAUCAGCAUGGCUGUAAGAGUCAAGCUUCAGAUAUCCUACUAAUUAGUUAUUCACCAAGUUUGCCAAUAAAUUAGAUUAUCACAGUCACACAUCAAAAUAUGUAAUUCUGCUUAUCAUUAAUUUAUAGCUAAUUAAGGAUUCGUUGAGUGCCUUUGUGGUUUGCAACUAAUAUUUUCUUGAAUUUAUGUGCCACGGUAACUUGAACUGUAGUAGUGUUUAUUCAUAUGGGACAGUAAUAAAUAGAUCUCUAUGCUUCUAAUUUUUGUAGUUUAAAUCUUCGUGAAAUAUGUUUCCUUUCAGGAUUGUAAAACUCAUUCCUUGCAGUUUGUACGUAUAAUAGCUUUUGAAUAUUUUCCAAUCAUUCAGAUUUCUGAAGGCAAUAAAAAAAUCAUUAUUUGAUUGUGGUGGAGUUUUGUUCUCUGAGCUGAAUGGUUUGGUCGUGCUCAGAGAAAAAAAACUCCACCAAAAUCAUCCACCUGAGCUACAAAUCUUCUCCACCAUCUCAUUAUUUGAUUGUCUCAUCGUCUACUACUUAUGAUACUUUUCUUGCUAUUUAAUUUUCCAGAGAAAAAGACGCAGUCACGAUUUCCGACUUGAAAAUGCGUAUGGACUAGGUUAUUGAAAUAUAAGUUACGUAUUUUGCUUGUUA